CUUGAGACAUCCGCAAAGAAUUCAUUUGAAGUUAGAGUUCGGAAAGAAGAGGAAGUAUCGGAAAUAGAAAUGGGAAUCUACAUUCCCAUUGCAAUUUUUAUCAUUUGCUUAGGCAACAUUCCGAAAAUCGAGGCAAUUGAUGAAAUUAUAGAUUGUUCCAAUGAAGAGUUGGUCACCUCGGUGUUUAAUGAACCCAUAGAUCUAUCUUUAAAUGGCACCAUUAAAAUCUAUGAAAAUGUCGUAAUAAAUGGAAUUCUGUCAACCUCAAACAAUGAGUUUGAGGUGAAGUAUAUUGAUGCUCGUUUGGAUAAUACCACUUCUAGUAAUACCACCACCAUUGCGGGCAAUGGAACUCAAAAUUUGAUUAUAUUCACCACCGAACAUUUCCAAAACUAUGCCAAGGAACAGACCUCAGCAAGAAUUUCAUUGAAAAUAAAUUUGGAUUGUGGUUCGGGAAAGGAGAGAAUUUUGGUGUUCUUUCAACCUUUCAAAGAGGGCAACUAUUAUAGCCCACUGUUCUCUCAAUCCCAGUAUGUGCUCUUCAUGCCCACACCCAUAUUUUCUGGUUUCGAGCUGACAACACUUUUGGAAAUCUCUGCCAAAGAUGACGAUCUGACACACAAUCAAAUCAAUUUUACAUCGACGUCGUCGUCCCAAUAUCACAUCUCAGUUGGUACGAAAAAUGUCACCAGCGCUGAUAAGAAGACCUAUUUUGCCAAUGUCACAUUGGAGCGUAUCUAUUUGGAGUUGCCGCAGCAAAUUGAAUUUGUAAUUACAGCAACUGACAAUGGCGAACCACCGCGCAGUUCCAAUGCCACGGUCAUUGUACGUUCUGACCCUCUCAAACGUUUGCCAAUAAAACCCCGUUUUACCCAACAGCUGUAUAAGGGAAGUAUUGGUUUAGAUUUUUCCAUGAAACCUAUACGACUGGAACUUACGAAUGGAUCCUAUUCACCCGAAGUGGCCUAUUCUCUAUUUGGCAAUCAAACGGAAGGAUUUGAAUUUGUCGACAAUAAAGAUGGCAGCGUACAAAUUGAAUGGAAUGCUGAUCUGUUUGAUCCGGCAUUUAUAAUUCAACACAAAAAAUGGGAGCUGCAGCUGAAGGCGGAGCAUUCACAAAUAGCUGAAUUUAGUGUGGCCACAAUUGUAGUUGAGUUGGUCGAUUUGCAGGCUUUUUUCCACUUCAUGAGCACUUACUAUGACGGCCGCAUUGACGAACAAGGAAACCUGGAACUGAUGCCCAUAAUAUUCUAUCCCGUUAUGUAUAAACAGGAUAUGACAUUUUCUCUGCUAGAAAAUCCUCAAAAUAUGUUUAGCGUUUCAAAUAUGAUGUUUCAAGUUCACAUUAGAACUCAGCCGAAUUUUACUCUCGACGCCUUUGGAUCAGAUGCCUAUAUUAAGUUGACUUUAAAAGCUUCCUGGAAAGAAUUAGCGGCCAUCACCUACAUUGUUUUGGAAUUGCCAAAGAAGCCAGAGAACACAAGCAGCAACAACGUUGAACAACAGAUGUUUAAAUUUCAAAAACCACUUUAUUCGGGCAAUUUAACGGCCGAUCAUAAAUUGGAAUUGGAAAUUAUUCGUUUGCAAACAGAUGGCACACAUGCCAAUGCCAAUACCACAUCACAUUUAAGAGAGUUUAAUAUAAGCGGUGAAGCGAGUCAUUUGUUUCGCCUUCUGAUCGUCAACGAUAGCCAAGUUCAGCUUCAAUUAAAGGCAACGGAAAUCGAUAAAGAUAUCCAAUUUAAAUCGCCCAUAAUUUUAUUAUUGGAAGCCAAAGAGGGAAAUCGUAGUGCGCAUGCCACAAUUGUUAUUCAGAAGCCGGCAACGACAAGUGCUAAUGUAACAACUGUCUUUAUCAGCCACUCUCUUGUGGGCAAGCUACGUUUGGUUAAUGACACCCAAAUUUUGGCAAUGGAUGCCAUUGAUCUGAAACCUUUGGAAAAUUUGGGAAAUUAUGACUUUUCAUUGGAAGGAGAUGUUGCUGAGAAUUUUGAACUGAAACAGAACCUCUCGUCACAGCAACUUGAUGUGGUCUUGAAACAUCCAAUUCUGGAAAUGAUUUUGGAAGAAAGAAGUAUUUUAAUGUUGAAUGUGAAUGCCAAGCUGAAGGGGUCGUCGUCAAGUGUAGCUGAUGUUCUAAUGAUUUUCAUAGAACUCCCCAAAAAAGAAUGUCCUGCCCCAAUAAAGCCCGAACUAAAUCCGCCAUCCUUUUCAAGUACCAAUUAUGUGUUCACCACGUUUACAAACACAACUGGUUCCCUGGGUGCUGUGAGAGCUUACAGUGAGAGUAAUAAUGCCAUGUUCCAUUACAUGUUAGAGGUUGGCAAUGAGACCUUAGCCCAGCGGUUAUCUAUUGAGCCAUUUUCCGGUGAAUUGAUGUUGUACGGCAGCCUGGAAGUUGGUAACUAUUUGUUCAAUGUUAGUGCAGAAAAUUUGGAAACUCAUGAAUGGGCCAGAACCCAGGCUGUAUUGAAAGUCAGUGAAAAGGAACAGUGCAAAAUCUACGAGGGUGUAACGGUGGAGAAAACCUUGGUGAUUAAACAUGUUGAUGAGGAGAGACGCUACUAUGGUUUAUGGGAUAUGCGAUUUAAUGAGAAUUGUACAUUUUACAUUGCCGAUAUUUGGCCAAAGGAAAAAGAAUAUCUCUAUGUCAAUGAGUCCACAAACAAAUUGGAUCUCUUGGCUGUGGACAGAGAGGAUGCCAUGUUCCGGAACAUGUCCGAUGCCCAGAUAAUUGUGCAACUAAAACUUAUUUGUGGCGCCCAACCAAAUCCAAAUCCGUUACCUUUGAAUCACACACGAUCAGCACGAACUUUAGAACCCCUGGAACACAUUUAUAGCCAAGACAUAUCUUACUCACCCGAUACAAUGUGGUUACAUCUGCUAAUAGAUGACAUCAAUGACAAUGCACCACAAUUUAAAUAUAAAUAUUCACGCGAUUAUCUUGGUUAUCCGGCCAGUAAAGUACCACUUGACGUAUAUCCUGAGUAUCUGAUCAAAAUUGAAGCCACCGAUUUGGAUUUGAAUUUAAAUGGCAAAAUACGUUAUAGUAUGCGUAACAAUUUGUAUUUUGAUAUUGAACCAGAGACGGGUAUAAUCUAUCCCAAGGGGAUGUUAUUGCAGCCGCAACAACAAACCGAGCUCAUUAUAUUGGCAACAGAUCAAGAUGGUCAAGGUUUGGUGUCAGGUACGGUGAUAGUGGUCAAGGGUCUUUCCCCAGACUUCUGUACUCUCAUUACGCUGCGAGGGAAUUCUAGCAAAAGCUUGUCUGAAAUCUCCAAAGAAUUGCGUGAAAAAACUGGUUAUGCGGUAAGGAUCAUUAAAAUGUCCUAUGUACCUCAGAUGCAAAUGAGAGCUGAUACGGAUGGCUUGAUUUGUAAGGCAUGGAUUUAUGCCUACCGAGAUCAGCAGUUGGUUGAAACCAAAGAACUGCAGGAAAAAAUCCUUGUGAAAUCUCCUGAGGCUAGCAUUGUUAAUGUUGAAUCCUAUGACGAGGCGGCCCAACAGUUUUCGGCUCCACCGAAGUCUAGCUCCAAUCUUGGCUAUAUUAUUGCUGUUUCAAUUCUGUCAUUGGUCAGUGGAUUAUCAAUAGCCUUCAUAAUUUGGCAAUAUUACUACAACGGACAACAAAUGCCCUUCUUCAAUUGCAACACAAAGGCCACAUCAAGUGAUCAUCAUCGUUCUAAUAAUGGUGGCGGUGGUUGUCACGCUCAAGAAUGUUCCCAUGGCAGGGACAAUGGCAGUGAAUGCACCGCAUGUAGCAACAAUUAUUCUGCAACAGCUCCGUCUCAUCAUGUCAAGUUCAGUAAUCUCGUUGACAAUGAUAACACAUAGGAGUGUGACAGAUGGGCGAUGAUAUAUGUAGGUGUGUAGUAUUCAUGGUUUUAAAUUUUUCUCACUUGUCAAGUUAUAUACAAAUAUGUGACAAAUUACUUUUAUAAAAAAUUUCUAAAUUAAAUAAAAAAAAUAUUGUAAAUUUUGUACAACAAAUUUAUA